GCAUAACCGCCAUCUUGUCACGCACUGCUCAAUUGGUUAAAAUCAAAACAUUUCUUAUUUUCUCUUGAUCCAGUGCAAUAACUGUUGAGAUAUACCCAUGAAAUAGAAAUUUGGAAUGGCAGAUAUUCAGGAGUUGACUCCUGGUCGUAAUGGCCGAGGGAGUAAAGGUAAAGGGACAGAUGAUCCCAUCAGAUUCCUACCAGUAUUGCCAUCAAAAAGAUCAAAACCAGCAUGGCAACAAAACCCACCCACUUUUGAACUUUCUGGUAAAAUUGUUGAAGAAGAAACAAAUGGAAUUGAUUUAGUUGGAGAGCUUACAGCAAGAGAUGCUAAGAGACGGAAACCAACCAAAUUGAAACCUAUUGAAAAACAAAAUGGUGCUACAAAUGGGGAUGUUACACAAUUUCAACAGCCCAAAAAAGACAGAGAAAAUUUCAGAAAGGCUUUGGUUGAUAUUAUCAUGCAAGAGGAAGGUGGAGUUCCUCACAGCAGUACAGUGUCUAUAAACGGUGGUGAGUUACCUCCACUGUCAAGGACAGGGUCCCCAACAUCAGCAGAAAAAGAUAUUCUGAGAUAUUAUUACUAUAUUCACAAUGGAAUUGACACAGAACAUGUGGCUCCAAUGGAAGAUUCAUGGCUUGAGAAUGUCCUUGACCUUGUGUCAUAUGAUCUAAAGAAAGAUCACUUUGAAACCAUAGAGAAUUUGUCAGAUGAAAUGAGAGAGGACUAUUUGUUAAGUGUCAAAAAAGCAAUUGUUGAUUUUGUAUUGAAAGACCCAAGAGAAAAAGAUGAUGACAAAAAAGAAAGACUUCCACCUCACAGAGAGGAGAUGGAUGUUGUACCAAAACCAUGGCACAAGUCAUUUGUAUCAGGCUUAGAUCUGAUGUCACAGAAACUCCACAUCACUACUCCAUGCAUGUUACAGGUUCUUGACUUCUGGCAUGUUUCCUUUGGAAAACUGAGGUUCAUCAAUACAGAGGAGUUUAAUGAUAAAGUAGAAUCAAUGGACUUGACAACUUUCCAGAAGAUGUGUAUGGCACAUGUUGAUGCCGCAAAGGAAAAACUUCUCAAAAAAUGGUGCCCAGAAGUUCAGAGAAUGUUUUAUGAGGGUAACAAGCGUAAACAGGUUCCAAGUAAUGCUGACCCAGAAAAACUGGAAUCCUUCUUUAACAGUGCGGCUACAUUGAUGACAGAAAAUCUUCAGCAGUUGUCACUGAACUCACUCGAUGAUUUUACAGAUCUUAUCGACCAACCUAUUCAUUCCACAAGGGCAUAUGAACAUUCAGGAUUCCAACUUAACCUGAUUCUUGAGGAAACUAACAUUGUUUUUGAGCCAACAUUUAAAGACUUUGAAGUUGUUAUACUAAAUGUUUAUGAUGUAAUGAUCAAAGCAUCUCAACAAGUACCAAGGGUUGAAACAAAACUGUACUUGGACUGGAGUUCAAAAACAAAGACCAAUUUACAACCAGUUGUUCUACCAGAAAUCCUAGAGUCCCACAAACAGAAAGUCAGGGAUGUCAUCAAGAAAGAAAGUGUUGGCCCUAUUGAACACUGCAAAAUUUAUGAUAAAUACAAUUUCCUUAUUUCAAAGCAGGCUGAACAAGAUGUUGAACAGUUUAUGAAAGAAGAACACUCGUUUGAGGACUACUCCAAGGAAGUUAUGAAAUAUACAAACCUGUCACAAGAAAUAGCCUAUAACUCACAAAAGACAGGGAUGCGAAAGAUUGUUCGUCUGGGUAUGUUUGAAGUUAACUGUGAAGAACUGAUUAGAACCUUGACAAAGAGAGCAGAAGCAUUGUGUCAGAAACUUCUGUCUAAAAUGCUUACAGACCACAAAGAAGCAAAUGAAAGACUGAAGAAAGAAUAUGAGGAGAUUGCUCAGAAAGCCUUAACAACACCAGCUAACACUGAACAGCUGAUGGAACUCAAAGUAUACAUAGAAAAAGUCGAAUCAGACAUUAUCUUCCAAUUAGAGAAGAAAUUAGUGGAGUCAAAAGACCGUCUAACAUUCUUGUUUGAUCAUACCACAUUCCAGUCUGCUGAUCUGAAAUUGAACGCUGGUGUGUUUAUCUGGCACCAGAGAAUGCCUGCUGUGUUUAAUGAACAUAAAGUGAUAGUUGCUGAGAAGAGAAAUCAAUAUGAAGAUUCCCUGAAGGUGAGAAGAGAGAGAUUCCAGGAAGAACUGGACAGUUACCUGAAACAGGUGGAAGAAUUCUCUACAUAUGGUGAUCUGAAUGAGAUCAAUAAAUACUUGAAGAAAUCACAGAACUUGGAUGCCAAACUUCAAGCUGCUGCAGAAAAGAUUGAAGCCUUUAACAAUGAAGAAGAAGCUUUUGGUUGGAAUACUACACAGUAUCCCCAGAGACAGACCAUCUUAAAUACACUAAAACCAUACCUUAAUCUGUAUGAAAUGACUGUAGAGUUCCAGAAUAAACACAAUGACUGGAUGAAUGGUCCAAUGGUCGGAGUUGAUCCCGAUGAUGUUGAGAAUGAGGUUGGCAAUUACUGGAGAUCUCUGUAUAAACUAGAAAAACAGUUUGAUUCUAUCCCACAAGCCAAGAAAAUGGCAGGAAAGGUGAAAUCUACAGUUGAAGACUUCAGAGAAAACAUGCCACUUAUCCAGACCUUAUUCAACCCUGGUAUACGAGAUCGUCAUUGGGACCAGAUCUCUGAGAUCUGUAACAUAGACCCACCAUUACGUCCUGAUGAGACCUAUAACCUCAAGAAGUUUGUCGAGAUGGGUCUGGACCAGUUUAUUCCAAAGUUUGAGUCCAUUAGUGAGGCAGCAAGUAAGGAAUUCUCAUUGGAGAAGGCCAUGAAAAAGAUGAAAGAAGAAUGGGCACCUAUGGAGCUUAUUACUAUUCCAUACCGUGACACAGGAACCAACAUCCUGUCAUCUGUAGAUGAUAUUCAGUUGUUGCUUGAUGAUCACAUUGUCAAAACACAGACCAUGAGAGGUUCUCCAUUUAUCAAACCAUUUGAAGAGGAAAUUAAAGAAUGGGAAUCCAAGCUGAUCCUGUUACAAGAUGUUUUGGAUGAAUGGUUGAAGGUACAAGCUACCUGGUUGUACCUGGAACCUAUCUUCAGCUCUCCUGACAUCAUGGCACAGAUGCCAGAGGAAGGAAGGAGAUUCACAACUGUCGACAAAAACUGGAGAGAAAUAAUGAAGAAAGUCAAUCUUGAUAAACAUGUACUAGCAGUCAUUGAAAUUGAUAAAUUACUGGAUGGGUUGAAGAAAUCCAAUGAGUUGCUUGAGCUUAUUCAAAAGGGUUUGAAUGACUAUUUGGAGAAGAAACGACUGUACUUCCCAAGAUUUUUCUUCUUGUCUAAUGAUGAAUUACUGGAAAUUCUGUCAGAAACCAAAGAUCCCAAGAGAGUACAGCCUCAUUUGAAGAAAUGCUUUGAAGGUAUUAAUAGCCUGGAGUUUACAGACACUUUAGAUAUAACCCACAUGAAGAGUAGUGAAGGUGAAGUUGUCCUUUUGAGCGAUACCAUCUCAACAUCAAAGGCUAGAGGUCAAGUCGAAAAAUGGUUGCUAGAACUGGAGUCGGACAUGAUCAAAUCACUGCAAAAGGUAACGGAAGAAGCAGUAGAUGCCUAUAUCAAGGAGGAAAGAGAACAAUGGGUCAAGACCUGGCCAGGACAAGCUGUACUCUGUGUGACUGCCAAAUACUGGACAGACUACAUUCAUGCUGCCAUGCAAAAGGGUGGUGAUGCACUAGCUGGUUAUCUGAAAAUCAGUAAUGAGCAGAUCAAUAAUAUUGUAGCAAUGGUAAGAGGUCAGUUGUCAAAACAGAACCGUGUCACAUUGCAAGCUUUGAUUGUAUUGGAUGUCCAUGCCAGAGAUGUGUUGGCAAUAUUGGUUGAACAAAAAAUCAGCAGUGAUAUGGACUUUGCAUGGUUAAGUCAGCUGAGAUAUUAUUGGGAAGAAAAGAAAAUGGUAACUAGGAUGAUCAACUCCCAGCUUAACUAUGGCUAUGAAUACCUAGGAAAUACUGGACGUCUUGUUAUCACUCCAUUAACAGAUAGAUGUUACAGAACCCUAUUUGGAGCUUUACAUCUACAUUUAGGAGGUGCCCCAGAGGGACCUGCUGGUACUGGUAAAACAGAAACAACAAAAGAUCUGGCCAAAGCUGUAGCUAAACAGUGUGUUGUGUUUAACUGUUCUGAUGGUCUCGAUUUCAUUGCUUUGGGAAAAUUCUUCAAGGGUUUGGCAUCCUGUGGUGCUUGGUCAUGCUUUGAUGAGUUCAACAGAAUUGAUUUGGAAGUGUUGUCUGUGGUUGCCCAACAGAUUUUGACCAUCCAGAGAGGUAUCGUAGCUGGACAGACCACUCUCCUAUUUGAAGGUACAGAAAUUAAACUUGAUCCAACAUGCUCUGUCUUCAUUACAAUGAACCCAGGUUAUGCUGGACGAUCUGAACUUCCAGACAAUUUGAAAGCUUUAUUCAGAACUGUUGCUAUGAUGGUACCAGAUUAUGCUCUGAUUGCCGAGAUUUCCCUGUAUUCUUGUGGUUUUGUACAAGCCAGACCUUUGUCUGUAAAGAUCGUAGCUGUCUACAGACUUUGUUCAGAACAGUUAUCAUCCCAGCAUCACUACGAUUACGGAAUGAGAGCUGUCAAAUCUGUGCUUACUGCUGCUGCUAAUCUGAAGCUGAAAUAUCCUGAUGAAGAUGAGAACAUACUGUUGUUGAGAUCCAUCAUUGAUGUCAACUUACCCAAAUUCUUGAAUCAUGACUUACCCCUUUUCCAUGGUAUUACAUCUGACUUGUUCCCUGGUGUCAAACUACCAGAACCAGAUUACAAGAUAUUGAACGAGCAUAUCAGGAACAACUGUGAUAAGAAAAAUCUACAAUGUGUACCAUUCUUCUUGGAGAAGAUCCAACAGGUUUACGAGAUGAUGAUUGUCCGUCACGGUUUCAUGAUUGUUGGUGAACCCUUUGGUGGCAAAAGUGCAGCAUACAAAACUUUGGCACUAGCUUUAGGAGACAUCCAUGAAGCAGGUUUGAUGGAAGAAAACAAAGUGCAGAUCACAGUCAUUAAUCCCAAGGCUAUCUCCAUGGGUCAGUUAUAUGGUGCCUUUGAUCCAGUUUCCCAUGAGUGGUCAGAUGGUGUCCUGGCUGUAUCCUACAGAGCUUUUGCUUCAUCAACAACACCAGAUCGUAAAUGGUUGAUCUUUGAUGGCCCAGUUGAUGCUAUCUGGAUUGAAAACAUGAACACUGUGUUAGAUGAUAAUAAAAAACUGUGUUUGAUGAGCGGUGAAAUUAUCCAGCUCGCACCAACAACUAAUUUGAUGUUUGAACCAAUGGACUUAGAGGUGGCCUCACCAGCCACUGUGUCUAGGUGUGGUAUGAUUUACAUGGAACCUCAGACUUUGGGGUGGCGUCCAAUUGUAAAAUCAUGGCUCAAUGAUUUGCCAAAAUCCUUGUCAGAAAUGCACAGAUCAACUGUCAAUGACAUGUUUGAAAGAUUUGUUGAUGCUGGACUCCAACUUGUCAGAAAAGGUGGUAUUAAGGAAUUAUCACCAACGACAGACACAUCUAUGGUAAAAGGGUUGAUGAAUCUGAUGGAUUGUUUAAUGGAUGAAUUCCAAGAUGAGACAAAGAUUGCUCAGAUGGAGGAGAGAGAGAUUAUGUCAUGGCUAGAGAGCAUUUUCUUCUUUGGUUUCACAUGGUCAAUUGGUGCCAGUUGUUCUGAUGAUGGAAGAGUCAGGUUUGACAAACUCCUCAGAGAAUUGAUCUCUGGAGGUAUGUCAGAAGACACCAGAUUAAAACUGAGUUUAGCUGAACUAGUAGAACCUCCGAUGAAACCAUAUUUGAAUCCAUUCCCACCUAAAGGCAAAAUAUAUGAUUACAGAUUUGUAAAAGAUGGAGCUGGAAAAUGGGUGGCAUGGAGUGAAACAAUUAAGGACAGUCCACCAAUUCCCAAGGACAUCACCUUCAAUGAGAUUAUUGUACCAACAGUUGACACAGUACGAUAUGAAGUACUUAUGAGUAUGUUGGUGCACCAUCAGAAACCAUGUCUGUUUGUUGGUCCAACUGGUACUGGCAAGAGUGUUUACAUCACUGAUUUCUUGCUGAAUAAACUUGACAAAGAAAGAUACAAGCCCAAUGUUGUCAACUUCUCAGCUCAGACAUCAGCCAACCAGACACAGAAUAUUAUCAUGUCCAAACUAGACAAGAGAAGAAAAGGUGUCUAUGGACCUCCUAUGGGAAAGAAAUCUAUUGUGUUUGUUGAUGAUCUUAACAUGCCAAUGAGAGAAACCUAUGGAGCACAGCCUCCAGUUGAAUUACUGAGACAGUGGUUGGAUCAUUGGACCUGGUAUGACCUAAAAGAGGUCACACCCAUUAAACUGAUUGACAUCCAACUUAUGGCUGCUAUGGGACCACCUGGUGGUGGGAGAAAUCCAGUAACACCUCGCUUCCUUGGACAUUUCAAUACUAUAACUAUUAAUGAAUUUGAUGAUGACAGUAUGAUAACAAUUUUCAGAAAGAUUUUGGAUUGGCAUAUUUCUGCAAGAGGAUUCAGUAAUGAAUUCAAACCAUGUGUUGACCAGCUAGUACAGGGUACAUUAACUAUUUAUAAAGAAGCUAUGAAGAAUUUACUACCAACACCAGCUAAAUCACAUUAUCUAUUUAACUUGAGAGACUUUAGCAGAGUUAUACAGGGUGUCUUACUAUCUACACCAGAAACUAUGGAAGAACCAGCCUCAAUGAAACGUCUCUGGGUUCAUGAGGUAUUCAGAGUGUACUAUGAUCGUCUCGUUGAUGAUUCUGAUCGUAACUGGCUAUUCAAUUAUGCAAGAGACGUAUGCAAAAAUCAAUUGCGUGAAGACUUUGAUCAGUUAUUUAUUCAUUUGGAUUUUGAUAACGACGGCAAAGUUACAGAGGAUGAUCUCCGUAGUUUGGUGUACUGUGAUUUCGCAGAUCCUAAGUCAGAUUCUAAACAUUAUGUUGAAGUAAGAGACUUGGAACAGUUACGUCAUGUUGUAGAGGGGUAUCUGGAGGAGUUCAAUAAUAUGAGCAAAAAACCAAUGAACCUUGUAUUAUUCAGAUUUGCUAUUGAACAUGUAUCUAGAAUUUCUCGUAUUAUCAAACAACCAAGAAGUCAUGCCUUGUUAGUAGGAGUUGGAGGUUCAGGUCGUCAGUCAUUGACACGCUUAGCUGCACACAUGUCAGAUUAUGACCUUUUCCAGGUUGAGAUUUCUAAGAGUUACACUAGUGUUGAAUGGAGAGAAGAUAUUAAAAGAAUAUUACGUAAAUCAACAGAAACCGAUAAUCAUGCUGUUUUCCUAUUCUCUGAUACACAGAUCAAACAAGAAUCCUUCUUGGAAGAUAUCAAUAAUUUGUUAAAUGCUGGUGAAGUUCCUAAUUUGUUCCCAUUGGAUGAAAAACAAGAAAUCUGUGAAAAAAUGAGACAGCUAGACAGGCAAAGAGACAAAGCCAAACAAACAGAUGGUACCCCAGUAUCCCUGUUUAAUUUCUUCAUUCAACGUUGUCGUGAUCAGCUCCAUAUUGUAUUAGCUAUGAGUCCAAUUGGUGAUGCUUUCCGUGACAGACUAAGAAAGUUCCCCUCACUUGUCAACUGCUGUACAAUCGAUUGGUUCCAGACAUGGCCAGAAGAUGCUUUGGAAGCUGUAGCAACCAGAUUCUUAGAGGAAGUAGAAUUAGAGGAGGAUGAAAGAAAAGGUUGCAUUGACGUUUGUAAGACAUUCCAUACAUCAACAAGAGAUCUGUCACAACGCUUCUUCUUAGAACUGGAGAGACAUAAUUAUGUAACACCAACAUCCUACCUAGAAUUGAUUAACACCUUUAAAUCACUACUGGAUAAAAAGAGAGAGGAAGUAAUGAAACAGAAAAAGAGAUAUGAAGUAGGUUUAGAGAAACUAAGAUCAGCUGCCUCACAGGUUGGAGACAUGCAGAAGGAGUUGACUGACCUAAAACCUCAGUUGGUUGUUGCCAGCAAAGAGGUUGAUGAGAUAAUGGUUAUCAUAGAGAAAGAUUCCAUUGAAGUAGCCAAAGUUGAGAAGGUUGUUAAAGCUGAUGAGGCAGUUGCCAAUGAACAAGCCAAAGCUGCCAAGGCUAUUAAAGAUGAAUGUGAUGCUGACCUGGCUGAGGCUAUUCCUGCACUGAAUGCCUCUCUAGCUGCUUUGGAUACUCUGACCCAACAGGAUAUCACCUUUGUCAAGACAAUGAAACAACCACCUGCACCUGUCAAACUGGUAAUGGAAGCUGUUUGUGUAAUCAGAGGAAUCAAACCAGAUCGUGUCCCUGAUCCAUCAGGUAGUGGCAAGAAAAUAGAGGAUUUCUGGGGCCCUGCCAAGAAAAUGUUAGGAGAUAUGAAGUUCCUUGAUCAACUGAGAACUUUUGAUAAGGACAACAUUCCAGGGCCAAACAUUGCACAGAUUCGUAAGAAAUAUAUGUCCAAUCCAGAAUUUGAUCCAGACAAGAUUCGUAAUGCCUCAGGUGCUUGUGAGGGUCUGUGUAAAUGGGUCAGAGCCAUGGAUGUCUAUGACAGGGUGGCGAAAGUUGUAGCUCCUAAGAAGGAGUUAUUGAAGAAGGCAGAGGGAGAAUUAUCAGUUGCCAUGGGAUUCUUAGAGAAGAAACGUGCCUCACUCAGAGAGGUUCAAGAGAAAUUAUCUAAGUUGCAAGAUACUUUGGCACAUAACAAGAAAAAGAAAGCUGACCUUGAGAAUCAAGUUGACCUUUGUACAAAGAAAUUAGAAAGAGCUGAGCAACUGAUCAGUGGUCUAGGUGGUGAAAAAGACAGAUGGGGAGCUGCUGCUAGCAUGUUGGCUACGAAGUAUACUAACUUAACUGGAGAUAUCUUAGUAUCUAGUGGAACUGUUGCCUACCUUGGAGCUUUCACAUCUGCUUACAGACAGGAUCAAGUACAGACUUGGUUGAAUGAUGUGAGGAAACAAGGAAUUCCAUGUUCUGAUGAAUUCUCACUAGUGUCCAGUUUAGGAGAACCUGUUAAAAUUAGAGCUUGGAAUAUUUGUGGCUUACCAACUGACAACUUCUCUGUAGAAAAUGGAAUCAUUCUCUCGAAUGCUAGGAGAUGGCCUUUGAUGAUAGAUCCCCAGGGUCAGGCCAAUAAAUGGAUAAAGAACAUGGAAAAAGCUAACAAUCUGCAUGUUGUCAAAUUGUCUGAUUCUGAUUUUGUUAGAACGUUAGAGAAUUGUAUACAGUUUGGAACUCCAGUUUUAAUGGAGAAUUUAGGUGAAGAAUUGGAUCCAUUGUUGGAACCUUUGUUGCUGAAACAGACAUUUAAACAGGGUGGAAGUAUGUGUAUUAGGCUUGGUGACAGCACCAUUGAGUACUCACAAGACUUCAAGUUCUACAUGACAACUAAACUCAGGAAUCCACACUACUUACCAGAAACUUCAGUUAAGGUGACACUGCUGAACUUCAUGAUUACACCUGAAGGAUUACAGGAUCAGUUACUGGGUAUCGUUGUAGCCAGAGAACGCCCAGAACUGGAGGAAGAGAAAAAUGCACUCAUUCUGCAGGGUGCUGAAAAUAAACGACAACUGAAGGAGAUAGAAGAUAAAAUUCUUGAAGUAUUAUCAUCGUCAGAAGGAAACAUUUUAGAAGAUGAGACAGCCAUUAAAGUACUGUCCUCCUCCAAGGUUCUGUCCAAUGAAAUUUCAGAGAAACAGGCGAUUGCAGAAGACACUGAACAGAAAAUUGACCAGGCCCGUAUGGGUUACACACCGAUUGCAGUGCACUCUACGAUUCUGUUCUUCUCCAUCGCAGACUUGGCCAAUAUAGAACCUAUGUACCAAUAUUCUUUAACAUGGUUUAUAAAUCUCUUUGUGCUGUCAAUUGACAAUGCUGAAAAGUCAGACAAUUUGGAAGUUCGUCUGAAACAUCUUUACGACCAUUUUACAUAUUCGUUGUACUGUAACAUCUGUAGAUCUCUGUUUGAGAAAGAUAAGUUACUGUUUUCCUUCAUCCUCUGUGUAAACAUCCUGAAACAUCAGAAGGAGGUAAAUGAAGAGGAAUGGAGAUUUUUGUUGACUGGAGGUAUCGGUUUAGACAACCCACAUCCAAGUCCUGCAACAUGGCUUCCAUCAAAAUCCUGGGAUGAAAUCUGCCGUCUUGAUGAUUUGACAGUCUAUAAAGGAUUGCGUCAGAAAUUCCUGACACAAAAGAAUGAAUGGCGUGAAUUAUAUGAUGACCCUGAACCUCAUCAUAGUAAAUAUGCAGGUGAAUGGCAUGAAAAAUUAUCAAUGUUCCAGAAAAUGUUAGUUUUACGUUGUCUUCGUCCCGACAAAGUGGUUCCUGCAGUAUUUGACUUUGUGACAGAGAAACUUGGCAAGAAGUUUGUUGAACCACCACCAUUUGAUCUUCCCAAAGCCUUUGCCGAUAGUAAUUGUACUUCACCGUUAUUAUUUGUGUUGUCACCAGGUUCUGACCCUAUGUCAGCUUUACUCAGAUUUGCUGAAGAUAUGGGAUUUGGUGGUGCCAAGUUCGAUUCAUUGUCUUUGGGUCAAGGUCAAGGUCCGAUUGCCAUGAAGAUGAUUGAGAAAGGUUUAAAGGAAGGAACAUGGGUGAUGUUACAGAAUUGUCAUUUAGCUCCUUCAUGGAUGCCUACGCUGGAGAAGGUUUGUGAGGAAUUUAACCCAGAACAGACACAUCCAGACUUCCGUAUGUGGUUAACAAGUUACCCAACCAGCUUUUUCCCUGUAUCUAUCCUGCAGAAUGGUGUCAAGAUGACAAAUGAGGCACCAAAAGGAUUACGCUUCAAUUUGCUUAAGUCUUACAUGACUGAUCCAAUAUCUGAUAUAGAACUGUUUAAUUCAGUCAAAAAUGCAAAAACAGGAAGCCAGCAUUGUUGGAAGAAGAUGUUGUUUGGUUUGUGUUUCUUCCAUGCCAUUGUUCAGGAGAGAAGGAAAUUUGGAGCUCUUGGAUGGAAUAUCCCAUAUGAGUUUAAUGAGACAGAUUUACGUAUUUCUGUCAGACAGUUGGCCAUGUUCAUGAAUGAAUAUGAUACUGUACAAUAUGAUGCAUUGAGAUACCUGACAGGAGAGUGUAACUAUGGUGGUCGUGUAACAGAUGAUUGGGAUAGACGUACUCUACACAGUAUCCUGGACAAGUUUUAUAGUCCAAAAAUUAAUGAGGAUGAAAAUUAUUACUUUGACGACACCCAUCUCUACUAUGCACCAAAGGAAGGAGAGUUUGAGUCUUAUUUAGAAUAUAUAAACAGUUUGCCACUUGUCCCCAAGCCAGGAAUCUUCGGAAUGCACGAUAAUGCUGAUAUCACAAAAGAUCAGGGUGAAACCAAACUGCUGUUUGACAACAUUCUCCUUACACAGGCUAGAGCAUCGUCAGGUGGAGGAAAAUCAACAGAUGAGGUCGUGGAUGAAGUUGCUGCUGAUAUUUUAUCUAAAAUACCUAAUAUUUUUGACACUGAUUCUGCAUUGCGUAAAUAUCCUACAUCCUACAAACAGAGUAUGAACACUGUUCUUGUCCAAGAAAUGACCCGAUUCAAUAGACUUCUGGCAACAGUCAAAUCCAGCUUGGCCAACAUCAGAAAGGCCAUGAAGGGACUUGUUGUGAUGUCAUCUGACCUAGAAGAAGUUGUACUUAGUAUCCUGAAAGGAAAGAUCCCAGGCAUGUGGAUGAAGAAGUCCUAUCCAUCAUUGAAGCCACUUGGAAGCUAUGUCAAUGAUUUUAUUGCUAGACUGAAAUUCUUACAGGAUUGGUAUGACAAUGGUCCACCACCAGUCUUCUGGAUCUCUGGAUUCUACUUUACUCAGGCUUUCUUGACUGGAGCUCAGCAGAAUUUUGCCAGGAAGUAUACCAUUCCCAUUGAUUUGUUGUCAUUUGAUUAUAAGGUUAUGGAAGAUAAGGACUAUGACACACCUCCAGAAGAUGGUGUUUAUGUACAGGGAUUAUAUGUAGAAGGUGCAUGCUGGGAUAGAAAAACAAAUGUUUUUGCAGAAUCUGUGCCUAAAGUAUUAUUUGAUCCUAUGCCUACAAUCCACAUGGUUCCGAUCAAGAAAUCAGACAUUCCUAAAAAGCCAGUGUAUAGCAUUCCUGUGUACAAGACCAGUGAACGUCGUGGUGUUCUAUCAACUACUGGACAUUCUACAAACUUUGUUAUUGGCAUGUCUCUACCCUCAGACAAACCUCAAGACCACUGGGUCCAAAGAGGCGUUGCCCUGAUCUGUCAGCUUAAUGACUAGAGACAGGGUGCUUCAGUCCCCAUAACAUAGACUUUCACAAUUUCAAAAUGCCAUAUAAUAAUCUAUAAUCUGUGUGUUACAUCUGCUGCUAAUUAUAAAUGUUAAUUAUGAACUAAGGUUUUAUCUGCUUUUAAUACGAUAUGGUCUACUAUAGACUGGAAAAUAAAAACCUGCUGAAUAUCAGUUGAUUUUUUUAACAUACUUAUAUUGUAUAUUGCUAGUUUCUCUAAUACAUCUUAAGGCUACAAACUUGUCUUUGUCAAUGUUUGAUGAAAAAUGAAAUGCCUGUGAAUAAUCUCAUGCUGAUGACCAAUUUAUUUGGAAUAUUUAUGACAUUUGAAAUGUAAAGCAGGAAUUAUUUUCAUAUCUUAAUUUCCUCUUCCUUUGCUUUAGAUAUAUGUAAAUACUAAACCAUUGAUUUCAUUCAGCUGGUAGACAAUAUUGUCACUACGUGUUAUAUGGACUAGUCAGUUGAUUUCUGACAAAUUAUAAACCAUUUCUGUUUUAGUAGUGCUAUAUCUGUGUUUUGCUAGAAUUAUGUGAUUUGCCUGGAUUGCAGUGAAAAAAGAUUUAAAAAAUAAUUUUCUUUCAACUCAUUCAAGAUAACUGCUUUUCUGUUCAUAGUUUGAAAACAUUUAAGUUUGCAAAAUAUUUGAUGCAAAUUUUUACAGCAGCAAGUUUUAAGUAAAAGACCAAAAUAUAUGACUCUGUAAGUACUGUGCUUGUGUGUGCAAAUAAUGGAAUGGCUUAUUUGUUUACAGGGCUAGUGUUUAGUUAACAGAAAUUAUUUUAUGUGUGUACAACAAAGUUAACAAGUAUGGCUAGUGCUUAACAGAGCUGUAUUAACUGAGAAGAAAUUGAACUCUGUUAAGUCAGUGUUAUGGGGUCCUCAGUAGUAUGUUGAGCUUUGCCUGGAUUUGUUUUAUCAGCCAAUGAAAUAAUGUUGCAUUUUAUGAAGUAUUCAAAUAGAGACAUUUAUAUGUUCUGUGAAUUUAUUUUAACAAUUCCCGUUAUUACUUACUUUUUUUAUUAUCUUUUUUGUCCAGUGGAAUAACUUAACCUGAUAAUUAGAUAUUAAUUCAAACAGGAAUGAGAAGAAAACAUCUUUUGAACAAGAAAAAAAUGUUGUUGCAGAUAUUAUUGUUAUAAAAGGAAUAUAUCUGCACAUUGAGUCUUUUUUUAAAUCUAGUUAGAAGUAACACAACUUUGUGAUGAAAGAAAAUCAAAAGAACUAAAAGUAAACUUUUUGGGUUCACUAGAUACUGAAUACCGUCCACAUUAAUAUUAUCUCAUGUGAUUAUUGUUUUUAAUGUGAAUUUAUUUACACGAUUGUACAUACUUUUUUCAAUCAUACUGCACAUCUGUCUUGUGCUAACCAACUGUGAUAUCUUAUUUAUUUAACGUCAUAAUUUAUUCUUUAAUGUAUGGAUAGAUUUUUGUUUUUGUUGACUUGUUUUUUUUUUUUCUUAAUUUUUAUUUUGAUAUUUUCACAUAUAAAUUAUAGUUGUUUUUCAUGAAUGAGAAGGACAAAACAGUGUUUAAUAUUUUGUUUUUUAAUUAAUGAAAUUGAAUUUGAGAUUUACAAAUUAUUUAAAUUAGUUGAGAAAGACCAAUAGAUGCAUUUACAGUCAGUUUGAAUUUUAUUUUAUAGAAAUGGAGUAUCAUCUGUCAGCCUUAGUUCUCUAAGUAAUUUGUAAAUCUUUAAUUUAAUACAUAAACUGCUGAUUUUUAGAUAAAGCAUUCCAAAUAUAGUAGUAUAUAUAUAAAUAUAUUUUUAACAAGACCACUAAACUCGAUAUACUUAUCUGCUGAUAUAAAGUGGUACAGAAAGUAACUUUGAAGCAUUCCGUCCUAAGUAUAUUUAUAUUUAGAAAAUUCUUAAAUAUUUAUUCUGUUAGUUUUGUACAGAGAAAGAACAUCCAAUAAUAAAACUUGAAGUGUU